AAAACUGAUUGGGAGGUAGCUAUUAAAAGUAUUAAUAAAAAGAACUUGUCAAAAUCACAAAUUCUGCUUGGAAAGGAAAUAAAAAUCUUAAAGGAACUUCAGCAUGAAAAUAUCGUAGCACUCUAUGAUGUUCAGGAAUUACCCAACUCUGUCUUUCUGGUGAUGGAGUAUUGCAAUGGUGGAGAUCUGGCAGAUUAUUUGCAAGCUAAAGGAACUCUCAGUGAAGAUACUAUCAGAGUGUUUCUUCAUCAGAUUGCAGCAGCCAUGCGAAUCCUGCACAGUAAAGGAAUAAUCCACAGGGAUCUCAAACCACAGAAUAUCUUGUUGUCCUAUGCCAAUCGAAGGAAGUCAAAUGUCAGUGGUAUUCGUAUCAAAAUAGCUGAUUUUGGUUUUGCACGUUAUCUACAUAGUAACACAAUGGCAGCAACACUGUGUGGAUCCCCAAUGUACAUGGCUCCUGAGGUUAUUAUGUCUCAACAUUAUGAUGCUAAGGCAGAUUUAUGGAGCAUAGGAACAGUGAUCUAUCAAUGCCUAGUUGGAAAACCACCUUUUCAGGCUAAUAGUCCUCAAGACCUAAGGAUGUUUUAUGAAAAAAACAGGAGCUUAAUGCCUAGUAUUCCCAGAGAAACAUCACCUUAUUUGGCUAAUCUCCUUUUGGGUUUGCUUCAGAGAAACCAAAAGGAUAGAAUGGACUUUGAAGCAUUUUUCAGCCAUCCUUUUCUUGAGCAAGUUCCAGUUAAAAAAUCUUGCCCAGUCCCAGUGCCUGUGUAUGCUGGACCUAUCCCUGGAAGCUCCUGUGGCAGCUCACCAUCUUGUCGCUUUGCCUCUCCACCAUCCCUUCCAGAUAUGCAGCAUAUUCAGGAAGAAAACUUAUCCUCCCCACCAUUGGGUCCUCCCAACUAUCUGCAGGUGUCCAAAGAUUCUGCCAGUAAUAGUAGCAAGAACUCUUCUUGUGACACGGAUGACUUUGUUUUGGUUCCACACAACAUCUCGUCAGACCACUCAUAUGAUAUGCCGGUGGGUACUGCUGCCAGACGUGCUUCAAAUGAAUUCUUCGUGUGUGGAGGGCAGUGUCAGCCUACUGUGUCACCUCACAGUGAAACAGCCCCAAUUCCAGUUCCUACUCAAGUAAGGAAUUACCAGCGCAUAGAGCAGAAUCUUACAUCCACUGCCAGCUCUGGCACAAACCCACACGGUUCUCCAAGAUCUGCAGUGGUACGGAGGUCUAACACCAGCCCCCUGGGCUUCCUCCGGGUCGGGUCCUGCUCUCCUGUACCAGCAGACACAGUGCAGACAGGAGGGCGAAGACUCUCCACUGGCUCUUCCAGGCCUUACUCACCAUCCCCUUUAGUUGGUACCAUCCCUGAACAGUUUAGUCAGUGCUGCUGUGGGCAUCCUCAGGGCCAUGAAGCCAGGAGUAGACACUCCUCAGGUUCUCCAGUGCCACAGACCCAGUCACCACAGUCACUCUUACUGGGUGCUAGACUGCAGAGUGCCCCCACCCUCACUGAUAUCUAUCAGAACAAGCAGAAGCUCAGAAAGCAGCACUCUGACCCCGUGUGUCCAUCCCAUGCGGGAGCUGGGUAUAGUUUCUCACCUCAGCCUAGUCGGCCUGGCAGCCUUGGAACCUCUCCCACCAAGCACAUGGGGUCCUCUCCACGGAGUUCUGACUGGUUCUUUAAAACUCCUUUACCAACAAUCAUUGGCUCUCCUACUAAGACUACAGCUCCUUUCAAAAUCCCUAAAACACAAGCAUCUUCUAACCUGUUAGCCUUGGUUACUCGUCAUGGGCCUGCUGAAAGCCAGUCCAAAGAUGGAAAUGACCCUCGUGAAUGUUCCCAUUGCCUCUUAGUACAAGGAAGUGAGAGGCAACGAUCUGAGCUGCAGAGCAAGGCUAUAUUUGGCAGAUCUGUCAGUACUGGGAAGUUAUCAGACCAACAAGUAAAGGCACCUUUAGGUGGACACCAGGGCAGCUCGGAUAGUUUAAAUACGGAACGACCAAUGGAUAUAGCUCCUGCAGGAGCCUGUGGUGUUAUGCUGACAUUGCCAGCAGGAACAGCAGCAAGUGCCAGAGCUGUCCUCUUCACUGUGGGGUCUCCUCCACACAGUGCCACAGCCCCUACUUGUACUCAUAUGGUCCUGCGAACAAGAACCACCUCAGUGGGGUCCAGCAGCUCGGGAGGGUCCUUGUGCUCUGCAAGUGGCCGCGUGUGUGUGGGCUCCCCACCGGGGCCAGGCUUGGGCUCUUCCCCACCAGGAGCAGAGGCAGCUCCCAGCCUGAGAUAUGUGCCUUACGGUGCUUCACCACCCAGCCUAGAGGGUCUCAUCACCUUUGAAGCCCCUGAACUACCAGAGGAGACACUGAUGGAGCGAGAACACACAGACACCUUACGCCAUCUGAACUUGAUGUUAAUGUUUACUGAGUGUGUGCUGGACCUGACAGCUGUGAGGGGUGGGAACCCUGAACUGUGCACAUCUGCUGUGUCCUUGUACCAGAUUCAAGAGAGUGUAGUCGUGGACCAGAUCAGCCAGCUAAGCAAAGAUUGGGGGCGGGUGGAGCAGCUGGUGUUAUACAUGAAAGCAGCACAGCUGCUGGCAGCUUCCCUGCAUCUCGCCAAAGCUCAGAUCAAGUCUGGGAAGCUGAGCCCAUCCACAGCUGUGAAACAAGUUGUUAAAAAUCUGAAUGAACGAUAUAAAUUCUGCAUCACCAUGUGCAAGAAACUUACAGAAAAGCUGAAUCGCUUCUUCUCUGAUAAACAGAGAUUUAUUGAUGAAAUCAACAGUGUAACUGCAGAGAAACUCAUCUAUAAUUGUGCUGUGGAAAUGGUUCAGUCUGCAGCCCUUGAUGAGAUGUUUCAGCAGACUGAAGACAUUGUUUAUCGCUACCACAAAGCAGCCCUUCUUUUGGAAGGCCUAACUAAGAUUCUGCAGGACCCUACAGAUGUUGAGAAUGUGCAUAAAUAUAAAUGUAGUAUUGAAAGAAGAUUAUCAGCACUGUGCUGUAGCACUGCAGCUCUGUGAACAGCAGACUUGCUUGUCUGUGGACCAGCUUGGAGACAGGAGGUGGCACAUUUGGGAUUACAGUUUGGUUCUGUCACCCGCCCCAGGAAACCAUGGUGGCUAUCAAAGAACAAGCAGCAAUUUAAGAAGGAAAUACAAUAUGAAACUACGUUUGUAGAAAACCUGCCUUAUUGGAGAAGUCACGCCCCUUUUCCUUUUUCUUUAUAGAAGCAGAAGCAAAAGAGCAUCCACACAUUGAACCUGGCAAAUAAAUGUACCUUAGAACUAGAAUCAUAAGUACAGUUAUUCUUGUGGAUAAUUAAACAGGAGACAAAGUGAGUGACACUUCACUCAACUCUCUGAAUAGUACAUGAAAUUCCAUGUUUUGCUAAAGCAUAUACAAGCAAAGAGUCUACAGCUCAUCCAGACAAUUUGGGAUUUGGGGUAAGUUUGUCUGAAUCUGAGCAUGCAUCUUUAAACAGCUCAGGAGGAAGAAGCAAAAGGUGACUCUUGGAUUAAUUGUGAAAUCUUCAACUUGAUCUCAUAUGGACAUCUGUUAAUCUUCCAAAAUUUUCAUAUUGCACUAAUUUAUUAAAAUACCUGUGUAUUGGAUUUUGCAAUUUAAAACUAACUGAGGCACAAUGGACUUGUUUAGAAUAUUUUACUUGAUUAUAUACAUAGGCCCUUUUCAGAAUUCACAUGUAUUCUCCAUUGAACUUUUAAUGGUCGAAACUUGCAUUCAUGUGAACCUUUGCAUUUUUCUUACCUGUAAUCUUCACCAACAGAUCUUCUCAGUGGUAUUUUGAGUUGCUGGUUGUUUGCAUUUUUUGUUGUGCAUGCAGAAUGUGCAUUGAUACCUGUGACCUUAGGUUUAUUAAAGGCUAAGAUUAUUUGGGCAGUAUUAGAAAGUUAUCAUGAAUCAAGAGAUACUCUUGAGAAUUUUAAUAGGGCCAAAUCAAAGUGAUGAAUAAAGGCUUGUUAGUGAUGUAGAGUUUCUACAAGAAAUUAGAAAGAAGUGAGGUUUGUUUAUUCUUAGAAAAAUGGGCAGCUCUCUCCAAACUAAUGUGCACUUUUCAGUGUUAAUCCUGACAAUUCACCAAAUAGCUAGUCAUGGUGAAUUAACAUCUCUCCAAGAAUGGUUCCUAUGUUAUAUAUUGUUUAGUUCUUUUACUUACCUGCUUGAAUACUUGAAUAAAGCAUUCACCCGUCUUAACCCUUUUCUUUCAACCCUUUCACAUAAGACCUGCUCUCUGACAGCUGCACAGAAGCUCUUUGGCAUCGCACUUAACAGAGACAGUGUGGUUUUCAUUUACUUGGUGGACAAAGUAAUGUAAUUUCUACAUUAUUUAUCUGUAUGAAUUUCCAGUAGUUAAUUUGAACUUUAUUUAUAAGAUGUUUGUAUUUUUAGGUCUUUACUACAGUGUUUCUACCUCUCAUUUGUAACUGCAUGCAUUAUUCUUCAAACUAGGUAAAACUCACUGAAUCAUUGUGUAAUAAAUAGCCUUUUUUUAAAUUGCUUGUACAAAUGUAUAUUAAGGUUAAAUAAAACUGACAGUGUUUUUAGGUUAUAGUUGGGUUGA